UUCGAUGAGCAGUCGCUGGGCCGUUUGAAGCUGGUCUCUCGCUACCUGAAUGCGAUCAUUGAAAAGCAUCGGAGCGCCCUGGCAAAGCAGACAAUAUAUCUGGCCGUGUUUAGAGAGAACGAACUCAUAGUUGAACGGUUUCUGAGAAGAAGCAGGUGGGAGGACUAUAAGUACGCUGUCUGCGGACCGCACUUCGACAGUACCGUGUUACGCCAACUUGUUUGUGCCAACAUCGACACCAUACGCUUCGAGGUGACUAUGCCUGAUGACGUUGCCGUUCGGUUAGCCGAACGCAUCGCUGCUCUGAAAUCGACGGUGUACCGAGUGUGUUUCCAUAGGUGUCACCUGAGUCCAAGGAGCAUCAUAAACCUACUCGCCGUGCUGCAACCGCAACAAGUCAGCAUUGAAUUCGAUCUCUCCGUCAAAGGCACCACUGUUGAGGCGUUGUGUGAAGACGUCAGGUUUCUAGAG